GACUUUUGUCAAAAGAGGAAAGAUUGGUUUCUAGUGUUUUUUACAGUCCCCCUUGUCGGCUCCGUGACGAGAGAAAGAGAUCCCCAAUCUUCUCCUUCUUCUUUCCUCUCUUCUCUCCUCCUUCUUCAUCUGCUGCUUGAUUCAGUCAACCUCCGAUGACGGAGAUCGCUUCCACCUCCUCCGGCAGAGGCCACCACCAAUCUCCGCCGGCGCCGAUAAUGAACUUAGCCGACGACCAUCUCUUCACCGUCCUCCUUCUCCUCCCCGUGGACUCAAUCCUCUCUUUCUCAGCCACCUGCAAGAGGUUCCGUAACCUCGCCUGCUCCGACAGCCUCUGGGAGUCUUUGUGGCGUAGAGAGUGGGGCCCGUCAUCGGCUGAAUCGGUGAAGUCAUCAUCGUCAUCGUCUUCCUCUUCUUCUCGAGACGGGCUGUUGUUAGUACCGUGGAUGGUUCUGUUCAAGAGAGUGUGCAAGCUUGAUUCCGUCUCUUGUCACAGAAUCUCAAACCUAGACGAUGAUGAUGAUGAUGACGUGUCUUCUUCUUCGUUGCUACUACCGCUACCUAGAGCUUCACACUCUCUCAACUUCGUUACUGAUUAUCUCGUCCUCUUCGGUGGUGGCCGUGAAGGAGGACGACAUCUUGAUGAUACAUGGACUGCUUACGUUGGAGAGAGCAACCAGAAGACGUUGAAGUGGAAGAAAGCUGAUUCAGUCACACCCGGUGGGAGGUUCGGACACACCUGCGUCGUCAUAGGAGACAGCCUGGUCUUGUUCGGAGGGAUAAACGACCGUGGAGAGCGGCUGAACGACACGUGGAUAGGUCGUGUUGGUUGCCACGGGAAGCAGCUGCUGUGGAAGCUACUGAUCGUCGUCGCGGGAGCUCUGAAGCCGCCUCCUCGAGGUGCUCAUGCCGCUUCUUGUAUCUCGGAGAAGACGAUGGUCGUGCAAGGAGGAAUCGGUUUGAGCGGAGUGAGACUUGGGGACACAUGGAUUCUCGAGCUUUCGGAGGAUCUGAACUCGGGGACGUGGCACGAGGUCGUGUCUAAUGCCUUGCUGCCGCCGCGGUCGGGGCAUACUCUGACUUACAUAAGAGAGAACCAAGUGGUUCUGUUUGGAGGUAGAGGGUUGGGGUAUGAUGUGCUUAACGAUGUUUGGCUGUUGGAUACUCAGGAGCAGUGUGAACGUUGGAUACAGAUAUUCUAUGACUUUCAAGACUUGGAGGAAAGUGCAUCGUUGCCGAGGGUUGGUCACUCUGCGACGCUCAUAUUGGGAGGUCGGAUUCUGAUUUAUGGAGGAGAAGAUACGUUUAGGCACAAGAAAGACGAUUUUUGGGCGUUGGAUGUCAAGACCAUUCCUUCUAAAGGUCUGCAGGUGGAUGGAGGAGCGGUUUGUUUGAAUGGCUCCAAGGCGUGGAAAAGGCUUGAUGGUGUGUCUUAUAGACCCAAAGGGCGGUCUUUUCAUCGGGCUUGCGCUGAUAGUUCAGGACGGUAUGUGUAUGUGUUUGGUGGAAUGGUUGAUGGUCUGAAUCUUGCUGUAACGUCAAGUCUUAGGUUUGAGAAUGAGCUUUUCAUGGUGGAGCUUCUUCUUGGCUUGUAGAGAGACCUAAGUUCAUUUUUGUUCUUUGAAUUAAAGGGUUAUAAGAAACCUACAAUAACAUUAGUAUUGGGUAUUGUUGUUGUGCUGAAAUGUCUGAUCUUAUAUGGUUUUAGCAAUGCAGACAUUGUUACCAGUGUUUUUUUUCAACACUUCAAGUACAUAAUUUAACAUAUGUAUAACUUAUGUGUGUA